AUGAAAACUACAUGUAUCACAAUCUUGUUUUGGCCCCUCUCUCUGCUAUUAUUAUCAGACGAAAGCCAGUCUUCUCAAACAGAAGUCAAAUGUAAUUUCACUGAAAAGAAUUAUUCUUUGAUUCCAGCAGAUAUCAAUAAAAAUGUUACUAUACUUGAUCUCAGUUAUAACCAAAUUACUUUGAAUAUUACAGACACCAGGGUUCUACAAACAUAUUUUUUACUCACUGAACUCUAUUUGACUGAGAACAAUGUCACUAUGUUAUAUAAUAAUGGCUUUGGUAACCUCUCCAAUCUAGAAAUUUUAAAUAUCUGUAGAAACUCCAUCCACGUAAUUCAACAGGGUGCGUUCAUGGGCUUAAAUAAACUAAAACAGUUACAUCUCUGCCAAAACAAAAUAUUUCAACUGAAUCCUGAUGUAUUUGUGCCUCUAAAAAACCUGAUACUUCUGAAUCUGCAAGGCAAUUUCAUAAGCUAUUUUGAUGUACCACAACUGUUUCAUCUGGAAUUAAUAAUUUUAUAUGGAAAUCCAUGGAACUGCUCUUGCAGUCUACUGAAUUUGCAGAACUGGUUGAACACAUCAAAUGUGACACUAGAAAAUGAGAACAUCACCACGUGCACCUACCCAGAUAUCCUGAUGUACUACAGUAUCAAAACAGUACCUUAUAAUGCUGAGUGCUACUCAACAUUUCCUCCACCUAUAAAUGAAGAUCUUUAUAACCAUUUUCAGUCCAUUAACAACUCAACAUUUAAUAGCUCUUUGAACAACUUAAAAAACUCAGAACAUAAACUUCUUGGAAAAAGCUGGGCUUUUCUUGUUGGUGUGGUAGUCACUGUACUGAUGACUUCAUUCCUCAUUUUUGUUGCUAUCAAAUGCCCAAUAUGGUAUAAUAUACUGCUUAGUUACAAUCAUCAUCGCCUGGAAGAGCAUGAAGCAGAAACCUAUGAAGAUGCUUUUACUGGAAAUUCAAGUUCUCCUUCACAGGCCCCAGAUACAAACUCUGAAGAAACUACAGUAAUAUUUGAACAACUACAUUCAUUUGUGAUAGAUGACGAUGGGUUUAUUGAAGACAAAUACAUAGAUACACAUGAAUUAUGUGAAGAAAAUUAA